UACAGCAGUAACACAGCGAGUUCCGCGCGUCUCUACCGCCACACUGAUCAACUGGGGUGCUGGAGGAGGGCGCUCAUUGCGUAAGUGGACUCCCUGUUUACCUUAACGUCACUGUGAAACGAGAGGAAGACUAAAAAAGGGGGGCAACAACCUCGUCGCGACCCCGGGACGCGUAUUUUUCUUUCCGCGUACUCUUUGCGCACCUGGCUGUCCGAGCGCGCACGCAGAGCGGAACAUCCGAUUUUGGAGCGCCUCCUUCACUUACCCCACGCACACACGCACAAACACCUGCCUCCACUUUGUCCCGUUUAAUCUGAAGUAACGCGCCUCCGAGCCGAGGGACAUACGGAGAGGCUUUCUGACCUCCGCUGCAUCCCGGCUGGUCCUUCUACCGAGCGUCUGGCUGGAAGGGUAACCGCCGUGUCCCGAGGAGGAUGCUGAACAGACACUGGAUCUGCGUGCUUGCAUGAAGAAGAAUCCAGGUGCAAAUCACCACCUCUGGCAGUCAUGAGGAAUAGAGGGCUGAAGACGCAGUCCUGAAGAUUGAUGGAGGGCCAUGCUAUUCAAACAGCAGGCAUUGCUGAGACAGAAGCUCUUCGUUCUGGGCAGCCUCGCUAUCGGAAGUGUCCUCUAUCUCGUGGCCAGGGUUGGGACCUUGGAUAGGCUACAGCCCAUUUGCCCCAUUGAGAGCCGACUGCCCCCUCCUGAGCCAGAGCAAAUCCCUCUCCGUACCCUGCAGUUUAAGCGCGGCCUACUCCAUGAACUGCGCAAGGGCAAUGCCACCAAAGAGCAAAUCCGCCUGCACAACCUGGUCCAGCAGCUGCCACGGGCCAUCAUCAUCGGGGUGCGCAAGGGGGGCACCCGCGCCCUUCUGGAGAUGCUCAACCUGCAUCCGGCGGUGGUCAAGGCCUCGCAGGAGAUCCACUUCUUCGACAAUGACCAAAACUACGCCCGGGGCAUCGACUGGUACCGGGAGAAAAUGCCCUUCUCCUUCCCCCACCAGAUCACCAUCGAGAAGAGCCCCGCCUACUUCAUCACGGAGGAGGUCCCCGAACGCAUCUUCAAGAUGAACUCCUCCAUCAAGCUGCUGAUCAUCGUCCGCGAGCCCACCACCAGAGCGGUGUCCGACUACACGCAAGUGCUGGAGGGCAAGGAGCGCAAAAACAAGACCUACCAUAAGUUCGAGAAGCUGGCCGUGGACUCCGGCACCUGCGAGGUGAACACAAAGUACAAAGCGGUGCGGACCAGCAUCUACACCAAACACUUGGAGCGCUGGCUGAAGUACUUCCCCGUGGAGCAGUUCCACAUCGUAGACGGGGACCGCCUCAUCACGGACCCGCUGCCGGAGCUGCAGCUUGUCGAGCACUUCCUGAACCUGCCCUCGAGAAUCAGCCAGUACAACCUGUACUUCAACGCCACCAGGGGAUUUUACUGCCUGCGAUUUAACAUUGUCUUCAACAAGUGCCUGGCGGGCAGCAAGGGCCGCAUCCAUCCAGAGGUGGACCCGUUGGUGGCGACUAAACUGCAGAAGUUCUUUCACCCCUUCAAUCAGAAGUUCUACCAGAUCACUGGUAGGACGUUCAACUGGCCGUGACGGGCUUUGGACUUCUCGAAUGAGAUUCUUUUGGUGUUUUUUUGUUUUGUUUUUUUUUUAGAAAUGCCAAGCUGUGAGAUCUCAAAUAAAAAUAUUAAUAGCACUUUGAGUUUAAUACAGGAAUGACAGUGUGACCAAAUAUAAAAGGGACUUGAUGUGAGUUUGUUUGUACGUUUGUGAAAAUAAAACAAAAUACUUUGAUGGUUUGACUAAAAGAUUCAGUUUGCUUGAUCUUGCAAAUUAAUUCACCUGUCUGUCACUGUCAUUGUUCCCCAUACAGUGAGAAAAAAGCAGUACUGAACGGAAGAGAUUAUUUUUUUGUUUGCUCUUUAAAAUACUAUCAAACGCUGACAUUCACGCUGUUAAGAUAAGCUUUAUGUGUGAUGCUUUUUCUCCCGAUAAAACACCUCAAAAGAUGACUAAAUGAUAUUUGAUAAACAACCUAAUUGUUCAUUUGUUCCCCCUCGUGUUGUUUAUUUGACCAAAUUUGCAUGUGCAAUCAAGAUGCCAUUUUUAACAGCCUACACUCUUGUGUUAGUCGUCUUCUGUUGUCUAUUCAUAUUAGUUUUGGCUGCGAUUCAUUUUCAAUUCCUGCUGUGAUGAAUCCAUUAGAAGGUCACCUCUUUUCCUACCCGACACGGCACCCAGUCUGAAGAUCAGAACAGGCUAGUUAGAAUAGGAUCUAGUGUUUCAAGCUUGACUCAAACCUGGAAAGCAUUUAAAACUCAAGUUUGGGUUUUUUUUGACAUACGUAUGUUGGUUCCUCGCCCUUACAGCUCUUUCAUUGGUUUGCAAAACUCCUGGCACAAAAGCCAUGCUGGGGAAAAAAAAGAGGGUUGUACUCUGAUGAUUGCCGUCAAACCAAUUCUAUUAUUCUAUGCUGAUUAGCAAGAUUUGUCUGUUUCUGUGCAAAUACUCAUUCUGUAUCAUAAGUGUGUUGUUAAAAAAAAAAAAAGGUUAAAUUAAAAUAACGUGUAAACAUU